UCAUGCGCCUGAAUCGAGUAGACCGUUGACGGAUUUAAAUGGUUUCCCUAACGAUUGUUUGCCAAGUCGAUAGUUUCUUCUCGUCUUACAUUUUUUUUAUUAACUAAUUUAACUAAAUCGAAAGGUGUGUUUGGAAACAAGGUUUUAUUUUUCACUCUUCGCUGUUAUGUCAGCGUCCAAACAAGACGAGGCGUUUUCCCCAGAGGAACUCAGAAAAAGACUGUACCAAACCUUCAAAAGCAAAGGCGUUCUCGAUUCCCUCAAAGCGCAGCUGCGGAAUCAGCUCAUCCAGGAGUUGAAGCAUCCACCGUUAACGGGACAGGCACCGGUUCCCAGGCUGGUCCCCCUGAAGACUGAUUCUGCAAUAGCUUCAGGCUGUAACAGCAUCAUAGCUGAUCACCUCCAAGCAUCAGGUUAUGAGUACACGCUUUCUGUGUUCUACCCUGAAAGCGGUUUAAGUAAAGACAAGGUUUUAAAGAAAGAUGACCUCCUUCAGUUUCUCAAGAUUAACCCUGAGUCAUCACUGUACAAAUCUUUGGCAUAUAAAGAAAACAACAAAGGCUUCCUCUUCAGCCUUUUGACACAUCUGACAUCCCAUAAUGCUCCCAGUCCACGCCACAAUGCAGAUGCUCAGACGACCACAAACUACGGCGAAUCUCUUGUGGAGAAGAUGAAGACGAUUGAUAAGGAAUAUGAACAUUUCAAUAAGGACCAAAUGUUUUCAUUUCAAUCCAAACUUGCUGCAUAUAAGAGAGAAGUUGAGGCACAGAUGGAGGCUGCAAUGAAUGCAAAGCUGCAUCAUUUUAAAGACGUUGAAAUAUCUAAGGUGAGGCUGGAAGAAAAGUCAAAAUUCCAUAAGGAAUUUGAUAACCUGAAGCGAGACCUGGAGAGAAACUAUGAAAUGAAGGCAAAAGCAUUGAUGGAGAGAGAAAAGAACGCCAUUGAGGGCUUGCAAAAGCAGAAAGAGAUUGAAGAUAAAGACAUGUACAUGCAGAGACAGUCCACGCUGAAAGAAAUCGAAACCCUCCGUAACAGAGAAAAUGAACUGAGGAUGAGAAUGGAAGCAUUUGAAAAGACGUGUCAGAUUCAUGCUGAGAAAGUCAAGACCACUGAAGAGCUCAUGAGGAGGAGAGAACUGGCUGUGAAAACCAUGGAGGACACGUAUGAGCAAAAGCUGAAAAAUGAACUAUCCAGGUAUCAGCUUGAGUUGAAGGAAGAGUUCAUCAAAAGAACAGAAAAACUCACAGAAAACGAGAGCAGAAACAAAGUUGAAACAGCUCGAAUCCAGCAGGAAUCCGCUGCAGUUGAUGCCCAAUUAGAAGAACACAGCAGAACGUGUGCCAAACUGAAACAGCUGCAGGCCGAGCUUGACACGGCACAGCAGCAGAUCUCCCUGCUGACUCAGCAGAAAGACUUGUUGAGGGAACGAGUGGAGAGCACAAGCGACUACCCCAGUUUGAGGAGAGAAAGAACAGAGCUGCAGGGGCAGACGCAGCUGCUGAAAAAGCAGCUGGAAGACAUCAGAGAGGAGAACCGCCGUCUCCAUGCAGAAAUGGCCACGCCAUCUAAAGAGGAGCUGGCUCUGCAGGUGGAGCUGCAGCGCCUGCAGAGCGCCCGCAGACUGGAUGAGGAAGAGUUUGACAACCAGAGGCAGGUGCUGCAGGCCCAGCUUCAAAAUGAGUUGGACCGCUCUGCUCAGCUCAGAGCUGAGCUCUUGGAUCACCAGGAGAGAUCCCAAAGGAUGAGUAUUUAUGUUGAAGAGCUGAAGAUGAAGCUUCAACACACUCAGCAAGCUCUUGAAAAUGAAGUGCUGCGUAACCCCAAGCCGUCUCUUGUUGACCGCUCAGUGUUGGAGCUCAGCCCCGACAAGCUGGUUCCCCCUGAUAUCUACGUGGACAGAGGUCUGCUGGGGGCCACGCCGGGCUAUCGCAAUCACUGGAAAGCAGGCAGGACCUCGCAAGGACACAAGACAUCCUGGUGUGAUUCUCACGACCCCGACAUGGAGCUGGUGACCGACGCCAAGACUCGGAUCCAAGAGCUGCAGGAGGAGGCCGAGAGCCUGGAGGAGGCGUACAGGAUUCACCAGCAGAGGGCAGUGCACUCCCUCUCACGCAGAACCUCCCCAAAACCCUUUUUACUAAAGCAGGCACGUCCCUCACAUCACAACAGCACCCAUACAGGGCAACAAGACUCGCACCAUUCACACCAAUCAAAGUCCCCAUUUAGUCCACUCUCUCCUCAAAGAGUCCAGCCCCCCAUUCUGGUAUUUGAUGACCCAGGAAGCUUUGCACCCGCUGGAGACCCAAGGCUGACUUCAUCAGACGACUAUGACCAGCUCCACAGAGCUGCUCACACUCACCAGUCUUUGGCUGAGCCCUUAUUUAUCAGAACAGAACCAGCUCAGGAUGAAAGCGUGGUUUCAUCAGAGCACUCAUCCACCAGGAAGAAGCGUCACAGAAAAAGUGCAGAAGAGGCGGUCGUGUCUCCGGCUGCGUCCCCUCAGCUGCUCAGUGACGGAUCCAUCAAACAGGCCGCCACCUCCGCCGCUGCCGACUUCUCUCCCGAGAUCAGCCCUCCUCGCAGUCCCCAGCUCAAGAGCACGGUGCGAGAGCAGUCCAGUCCUUUGGAGUCGAAGCCGGUGUUCUCCAGCUCGGAGUCGUCCCCACAGCCAGAGAAGAUCAAGCUUGAAGAUCUUACAGAAAUCCUUGAGUCCAGCCACAUUCCAGAGCUUCUCCUGGACACUGCUGGCCCUCUCUCUGAGAAGGCCCCCGAUGGCCCCUCCACCCCCCACCCACAGGACCUCCCAGAGGACCGAGGCGACUCUGAGGCUCCAGAGGGUUCCCCAAACACGCCACAAACAUCGAGUGAGUCUGUCAGAGUCCAAGAGGAAGAUGUUGAGGAGCAGAGGUGGGAAAAAGAGCGCAAAGAAAGACAAGAAAAACGAGAGAGGGAGCUGGAAGAAGCCAAGGAGCGAGAGCAACAAGAACUGGAGGAACUGGAGAGGCUAGAGAAAGAGACGCUUUUGCAGAAAGUAGAGCAACCAGAAGAGGAGGAAGAAGAAAGUGAAGAGGAUGAUAGGCAGAAGAAAGAGGAGAUGAAAGAUGAAAAUCCACUAGAGAAGUACAUGAAGAUGGUCCUGGAAGCAAGAGGGAAGCAGCGUGAAGAGAGUCCUCAUAGAGAGGAGGCGGGACAAACAAGCCCAGAAAACAUUAGUUUUAAUGACGACACAGAACGAAGUGCUGCAUUAAAUUCACCCAAAGAAGAGGAAGAUGACUUCUGGUGAAAGAAUCAAUGAUUUUUGUGCAUUUUUUUUUUACUCAUUUGUACAUUUUUACUAACUUGUAAAAUAAAACCACACAUCACCACA